AUGGCUGACAUGCGGGAUUCCUCACGGGACGUUGCAUCGUUUCUGAGAAAGGUACGCAAGCCCCUAGGUGAGCGUCAACGACGUGAGAGGAUGAAUGCGAGCAUUGACCGUCUAAAGCUCCUUAUCGUGGACACCAUCCGACAACAGGUGUCACGAAUGACGCGUGUGGACAAGGCGGACAUCCUGGAGCUCACCGUGUUCCAUUUGACACGGCUCCAGCAUCAGCAGAGGGCCGUUCGCGUAGCAACCGCAGUCAAGGAUGAAGUCUCAUGCACAACUCCCUAUCAGACCAGUUUCCGGGAAUGCGCACGGGAUGCGGUUACAUACAUAGCUGUAAACGGCGCGUUUGAUCCGGUAGUUACGACUAGUGUGAGCGGACAUUUGAGGAGCGUCUAUGCGCAGAAGCAGAAUAGCAUUCAGGCUGCUGGAGGAGGGAUUGAGGAAGAUGAGAAUCGUAAUCCACAGAUAGAAAAUCAAGAUCCUUAUACAUUUAGUCAUGAAGGCCAUUACCCAAAGGCCGUUUUCAUGUCAACGCCGAGAAGAUCGGACGAACGCCUUCAGUGGAUUGACGAAUCAAAUCACAAUACCUUCUAUGGGAACUCAAGAUUGCUUGCCGAUCUCGCAGAUGACAAAAGGCCACGAUGA